AUGGGCACAACCAUGAACAACGAGCAGCGUCCGCCUCUGGCACCCUCGCCGCACGGAAGCCCCGCCCAACCAGCGCCCGGACCCCGCCCACGCCAGGCACCGCUGGGCACCUCGCAGUGCCAUACGUGUGGCCUCUGGCGCCUUAUAGCGAAGACUUACUUGUAUCGGUGUAAUGCCAGGGGGUCGUGCUGCGCAGCAUCGGCAGGAGACAUCCUCAGGGGCGUCGACGUCCCCCUCUACGCCUUCGCAGGAGGUCAAGCCACCCUCAGCUGCUCCUACGACCUCAGGUCAACCCGCCUCUACUCCCUCAAGUGGUACCACAACGGGACGGAGUUUUACCGCUACGUGCCGACCCAGCGGCAGCAGAUCAGCAUCAAGUCGAGCCCCAAGUUUGCUGUUCACGAACUGUUUCGAAGCGACCAGCGCGUGACCCUGUCUCUCACCAAGCUCUCCGUGUCAGCCUCAGGUCAAUACAGGUGCGAGGUCAUAGCCGAGCACCCGAGCUUCCGAACAGAGGCCUCUACUGCUACGAUGACCGUGCUGAUAUUAUUCACGAGGUUCAGUGGCUUCUUUUGA